CUUGGAACAAGACCGCAAUCUGUCGCGUCAAACACGUCCGCCCCCCCGGCCUCCACCCAGGACGCGCGCGAACCUCGAAGUCGCACGCAUCCUGCAGGGCAGCAGUCAGUCGGAUCUUUGAUUAGCAGCAGCCGAGCACCAAGCACCACCAGGGUCCAGCAACGUCGCGCGCCCCUUCUUGUUCUCAACUACCGACCGACCGAACACGCAGCGCAUUCACCUCCUGUCGCCCAGCCGCAGCGUUCGACACAAAACAAUCCUCCGCAUUCCGGCCCUCGUCUUCGACCACCACCAACAGAAACCAUGUCUUCAUCUCUCCUGUUCCGCCGCACGGCCGGCGUCACAGCCGCCUCCGCGCGCCGCGCCUUCAGCAGCUCCUCGCCGCGCGCCCUCGCGCGCAUCUCCAUCAUCGGCAACCUCGCCGAUACGCCCGAGGUGCAACCCACGAACACCGGCCGCGAGAUACUCAAGUACGCUGUCGCCAGCAACAGCGGGCCCAAGGAGAACCGCCAGACGAGCUGGUUCCGCGUCACGAGCUUCGUCGAGGGCCCGCGCCGGGACUUCAUGCUCGGCCUGCCCAAGGGUACCAUGGUCUUCGUCGAGGGCGACGCCACCAUCAACACGUACCAGGACGCCACCUCCGGUCAAAACCGGACCAGCCUCAACGUUGUCCAGCGGAGUAUUGAGGUCCUCAAGCGCCCCAACACCGCCGACCAGAAUGAAUAAGAAAACUUGCGAUGGUUUUGCACACCUACUUCGACAGGAUCGCCUUAGCCACAAGUUGCAAAGACGUACACCGAAUGCGCUGAUCGUGCAUUCGUCUCCACUCUGAAAGACCCUCUCCUUUGUUGAACGUCUCAUGUAUCUGGACUUGCCGCAGGAUCGAGUGCUAGGGGCGGCAAUAAUUCCGUUGUACAAAUAGACUGGCGCAGAAGGAGUCGAGAUGUCGCUGAAUGCAAGCAACUGAGAUGCCACGGUUUCGGACCACCGCAAGACGCUCCAUUGUGUCUAUUCCUCUAUAAGCGCCUACACAAGGGAGCAGCUGUCCAUGCAUCCAUAGCCUGCCGCAACGCCGCCUUCUUCACUCUUGUCGCCCUUUGUGCGCAAGAGGUAGCCCGCUUCCUCAUUUCGAAACACUUCUCCGCUGUUCUGAUUCCACAGACACGUACCGUACACGCCCAG